AUGACCCAUGAGAUCGAGGAGCUGAAGGAUCAGGUCCGGACCUUCUCCAAGUCCCAGCGCGAGGCUCAAGACCAAUGCAGCGAGCUCGAGGCACAGCUCGAGGCUCGUGAGCGAGACAUCCGCAGUCUUCAGUCGCAGAAGCUGCAGUCGGUCGAGUCGGCUCAAUGGGCACCGCUGUCUAACUCAUUCGUCCAGCACGAGAUCAGCUCCAUCAUCUCUGCCAUUCGCCAGUGGAGUCAAGCCAGCACUCCGGACGAAGACAUCACGCUCAAUGGGAAGAGAACCCGGAACAUCCACUUGAAUCUGUUUUGGCUCGGCUGUCUGCCCGCUGGCUUAAGUGAAGAAGAGCUACUCACCACACUGUCGGUCAACAACUCCCUAAAAAAGCCCGGCAAGGCAUCCGCCUUCCUGCUGUCCACACUCACUUCGACAUAUCUGCUUCGCCAAGUGCUGGCCGAUCCAUUCUUCUUCUUCCAGGGCCCACUGCUCACUGGCACUCAGCCGGACCAGGUCAGACCGGUCCUGAACGGUGUGCAACGCUACAUCUCGCAUGGUAAGGUUUCGAAAUGCAACAAGGAGGACGCCGAAGCCUUCAGAUGCAAACUCGCUCGCUCCAUCAACACGUCCGCACAGCAGACCAAGUCUGCGGCAGACGCCCUCAUCCGCCAGAUCACCAACACCUUCAUCCAGACCUACGCCGCUGCUUUCAUCACCGAUACUAAGAUGAGGUUCGACAUGUACGACGGCCUCGCACCCAUUGUCAAGCAAACCAUCGACCUCGCUUGGCAAGUGUGGACUCGCAAGGCUCGGCUCGACGUCUUGUCCUGGUCGCAGUUGGCGAGCGAAACCCCGCAUGGAGAGUGUCCAGUCUAUUCUUCCAGCUCUGGAAAGCUUGAGCUGCAUGCGAUGCAUGGCAGGGAGAUUGACGAGGAUCCUCAAGCGCUCGAUGAUCAUGAAGUCUUGCUCAUCUGCAGCCCUGUCGUGGUUUUGUCCGGCAAUGCGGAUGGCAAGGAGUACCAGAAGCAGCGUGUGGUCAAGAAGGCGGUCGUUUGGCUGGGAUGA